UGUGUUUUUUGUUUUCGUUUCUUGUGUUAUGUUGUUCGUUGAAUCAAAUUGAUUUGGGUGUAUUUCAAUUUAUCAGAUUUGGGCGUGUUUUGUUGGGAGGUUGUAGGAAUGAAUUCUAAAUUGUUUUGUUGAUGCAGUAGAUCGAAUUUCAAGAUGACUACUUUGUUGAUGGAUCCUUUGUUGAUGCGUUUUCUCAGUUUGUUGGGAGGUUGUAGGAAUGAAUUCUAAAUUGUGGCUAACAACUUGAAUUUGAAGAAUUCGAAUGUCGUAAGUCCUAGAAAUAUACCGGAAGAUUGUGAUGAGGAAGCAGAGGGAGUCCAGAGCAAGGAGAGGUGGGAUUAUGUGAAAGUUAACAUGGAUGGGAUUGUUAUUGGAAGAAAAGUUUGUGUACUUGAUCAUAGUGGCUACUCGAGCCUUGCAUUUCAACUAGAAGACAUGUUUGGUAGACAAUCUGUAUCUGGGUUGAGGUUGUUCCAGGUUGGAUCUGAGUUUUCACUUUUUUACAAGGACAGAGAUGACAAUUGGAGAACUGUUGGUGAUGUUCCAUGGAGGGAAUUCGUAGAAUGUGUGAAGCGGCUAAGGAUUGCGAGAAAGAACUGAGCUAUUCUUCCCUGUUAUGCGAAAUUGAACUAAUUUUUCUUCUCUCUCUCUGAUGUAUGUUCUUAUAAUGUCCCUGACUUGGAGGAAACUAGUGUAAAAUUACAUAUCUAAGGAUUCCAUAGCUGGAUGCAACAAUGUAUAACAUUAUUGUUCUCAUCAGUCUAAAUUUUACUUGUGAGUUGUCAAACAUUCUUGUGCAUGAUAUGGAAGUCCCCA